AUGUCGACGUGGCAGUUAUUUCCCGAUUCCGGCGACGAUGGUUUCCGGUGGGAUGUCGCUGGCCGGAUUAUUCGGUCUGCUGACUCCGACUCUACGCACGAAUCCACAGCUCCUCUACCUUCCAUGGCCGAUCUCUUGCUCCAAGGAUGCUCGAAGCUUAUAGAAAAACGAGAAGAAUCAAUUCCAAUGUUCACGACUGGGCUUGGGAAGUCUGUAGCUCUAAACGAAUCUUCAAUUGCUAGAGCCAAAUCGAUUUUAGCAGAUUCAGAGAACGUUAUCCCCAAAGAGAGUGGGCUUGGUGUUCCCAACGCUUUUUUUCAAACAGCUUCUAAUAAGAAGGUUAAGGUAUCUUCGGCUGCUAUGGAAAGAGCCAAGGCACUGUUAGGACUUGAAGAAGGUGAUUUGAAUGGAGUUAACCACGUGAACCGGUCGUCUUCUUCCCACCAAGAACAUGGGUUUGAUGCUACAGCGGUUCAGCAUCAUUCAGUAACUCCAGACAGUGUUCUUCCCAAGGAGAAUGGGUUUGGUGUUCCCAACACUUUUUUCCAGACAGCUUCUAACAAGAAGGUUAAUGUAUCUUCUGCCGGUUUGGCAAGAGCCAAGGCAUUAUUAGGCCUAGAAGAAGAUGAUUUGAAUGGAUUUAACCACGUGAACCCGUCGUCUUCUUCCCACCUACAACACGGUUUUGAUGCUACAUCCGUUCAGCAUCAUUCAGUAACUCCAGACAGUGUUCAUCCCAAGGAGAGUGGGUUUGGUGAUCCCAACAAUUUUUUUCAGACAGCUUCGAACAAGAAGAUUAAUGUAUCUUCUGCUGGUCUGGCAAGAGCCAAGGCAUUGCUAGGACUAGAAGAAAAUGAUAUGAAUGGAUUUAACCACGUGAACGGGUCUUCUUCUUCCCACCAACAACAUGGAUUUGAUGCUACAGCGGCCCAGCACCAUUCCGUAACUCCAGACAAUGUUUUUCCCAAGGAGAGUGGAUUUGGUGGUGUUCCCAACACUUUUUUUCAGACAGCUUCUAACAAGAAGGUGAAUGUGUCUUCUGCUGGUAUGGCAAGAGCCAAGGCAUUGUUAGGACUAGAAGAAAAUGAUUUGAAUGGAUUUAACCACGUAAACGGGUCUUCUUCUUCCCAUCAACAACCUGGAUUUGAUGCUACAGCAGUUCAGCACCAUUCCGUAACACCAGACAAUGCUCUUCCCAAGGAGAGUGAGUCUGGUGGUGUUUCCAACACUUUUUUUCAGACAGCUUCUAACAAGAAGGUGAACGUAUCUUCUGCUGGUAUGGCAAGAGCCAAGGCAUUGUUAGGACUACAAGAAGAUGAUUUAAAUGGAUUUAACCACGUGAACCGGUCGUCCUCUUCCCACCAAACUCAUGAAAAUUUUGGUGUUACAGCGGUUCAGCAUCAUUCAGUAACUCCAGGAAAUAUACAAUAUGAGGGUCAGAGAUCUGAAAUUAUCACUCCAUCUUCAAAAGGGCCUCAAACAAAGUUUCAGACUGCUGGUGGAAAAUCUUUGUCAGUGUCAACUGAGGCAUUGAAACGCGCCAGAAGCCUUCUUGGAGACCCUGAGUUAGGGACUUUCUUUGAUGAUGUAGCAGCUGGUGAUCAGUUUGUUACACCACAGAAUGAUAAAACGUUAGGUGGUAUUACUUUAAACAAUGGAAGUGCCAACACAGGUUAUAUUACUCAUGAAGGACAGACAAGCAACCAGCAUACAUCAGAUAGUUUUAUAUCUCCUCUUCUUCAGUCAUCUUCAAAGCAAAUUAGAUCAGUCAAACUGCAGGGUCUAGCUUCAGGGGGUAAUUUGAUCAAGAAAUUUGAUGCGGCUGUGGAUGAAACAGACUGUGCUCUGAAUGUUACUAAAAUUGGUACACAUGGACUAUCCAAUGACAGGCAUUUAGCAUCUGAUAAGGCAGUGAAUAGUGCCACGGGAAACGGCUUCAUUCCAAGAGCUAAACAAUUUAGAAGACCAGUUAACCAGCCACUUGUUGAUAUAACAAAUCGCAUUGAUACAGCUUUUGCAAACAAUAAACAAGACAGUACCAAUCAGAAGAAAAGACUGGGAAAGACAGGCUUCGUUUCUCCUUUCAAAAGGCCAAGGAUUUCCUCCUUUCAGACUCCAGUAAAGAAAAACGUUGAGCAUCCUUCAAGUGGUUUGUCUGUUGUACCAUGUGAUACACAUUAUUCCAAAAAGGUGAUGUCUACAAGAUACCCGGAAAGGUCUCCAAGAGUAUAUAUCAAAGAUUAUUUUGGAGUGCAUCCAACAGCUACGACCACGAUGGGUCAUGUGCCAGACCAUAUCAGAAGAGUCAAAUCAAGUAAUGCCGAUAGAUUUGUAUUCCGUGAUGAGUCUUCCUCAAACAUGGUUGGAGCUGAAGCUUUUCUUCAGAUGUUGGCGGAGUCUGGUGCUUCAUCACAACAUGCAUCCAGAAAGUGGGUCACCAAUCACUACAGGUGGAUAGUCUGGAAACUUGCAUGCUACGAGACAUACUACCCAGCCAAGUGCAGAGGAAACUUUCUGACAAUCACCAAUGUUCUCGAGGAACUAAAAUACAGGUACGAGAGAGAGGCCAAUCAUGGCCAUUGCUCUGCAAUCAAGAGGAUUCUGAGUGGUGAGGCUCCAGCUUCUUUAAUGAUGGUGCUCUGCAUAUCAGCUAUUAAUCCAAAGACGAACAAUGAUUCUCAGGAAACAGUUGGUCCUGAUAGUGGCAGCAAUGUGAAAAUAGAACUCACUGAUGGAUGGUAUUCGAUGAAUGCUGCUCUGGAUAUCGUGCUGACUAAACAGCUGAAUGCUGGAAAAUUGUUUGUUGGGCAGAAGCUUCGAAUCCUUGGGGCAGGACUUUCUGGAUGGGCUACCCCAACGUCACCUCUUGAGGCAGUGGUUUCAAAUACGAUCUGUUUGUUGUUGAAUAUUAAUGGGACAUACAGAGCUCAGUGGGCGGACCGACUAGGUUUCUGUAAAGGAGUUAGUGUCCCUCUGGCUCUCAACUGUAUAAAGUUCAAUGGAGGUCCAGUGCCUAAAACCAUAGCUGGAAUCACACGAAUAUACCCUGUCCUAUACAAGGAAAGGUUAGGUGAAAAGAAGUCAAUAGUUCGAUCAGAGAGGAUGGAAAGUAAAAUGAUCCAGCUGCAUAACCAGAGGCGGUCAACUCUUGUUGAGGGUCUUAUCUGUGAGCACCAGAGAGGAAUCAAUGGUGUCCAAAGCCAGAACGACACUGACAGCGAAGAAGGAGCCAAGAUCUUUAAGCUGUUAGAGUCUGUUGCUGAACCUGAACUUCUAAUGGCAGAUAUGACUAGGGAGCAAUUGACAUCUUUCUCCACAUAUAAAUCAAAGUUUGAGGCAGCCAGGCAAAACCAGAUGGAGAAAUCAGUGUCAAAAGCUCUGGAAGUCGCUGGUUUAAAUGAAAGGAAUGUCUCUCCAUUCAUGAGGAUUAGGAUUGUUGGACUGACGAGCUUAACUUAUGAAGGAGAACACAAACCAAAAGAAGGCAUUGUAACAAUAUGGAAUCCCACGGAGAGUCAGAUAAGCGAGUUGACAGAAGGGAAAAUAUACAUAAUGAAAGGGCUUGUGCCAAUGAACACAGAUUCAGAAACACUUUACUUACAUGGCAGAGGAUCUAGCUCAAGAUUUAAGCCUUUAUCUCCAGAAGCUUCUGAAAGUUUUCACCCCUUUUUCAAUCCCCGAAAACCGAUCACUUUGCCAAAUCUUGGUGAAAUCCCUCUUUCAAGUGAAUUUGAUAUCGCGGCGUAUGUUGUACACGUUGGAGAUGCGUACACGGAUGGUCAGCAAAAGAAGCAGUGGGUGUUUGUGACGGAUGGAUCCAUUCAAUAUCCACAUUCACAUUCAGACAAAAUCUCACAUAGUCUUCUUGCUAUAAGCUUCACCACCCCAUCCAUUGAUGACUAUCCCAUUCCAAAUAAUCUUGUUGGAUCCGUGGUAGGAUUUUGCAAUCUAAUAAAAAGAGCAAAGGAUAUGAACAACGAUAUGUGGGUUUGUGAAGCGACAGAGAACUCAGUCUACUUCAUAAACGCAGAAGCUUCUUACUCUUCUCACCUCAAAACCAGCAGUGGCCAUAUCCAAACUUGGGCUAAGCUCUCUUCUUCCCUCCCCGUCAUCCAUCAACUUCGGCGGAGAGUUCUAUUUAUCAUCGGUGCACCAUCAUCAUAA